AUGCUCUGCGGUUGUUUCCAGCCGCAACCACCGCCUCCGUCAUCUGACGAGACUGCGAAAAUGCUCGCUGCCAAGCCUAAGCACAACGAGCCACAAUCUUUUGUAAACAUUCAGGCCGACGAGGAUGCCUUAGCGAAUCUGGUCGACCUCGAAGAGGUUGUUCUGAACUGGGCUAAGCUGAUUUUCGACACCACGAAAUCCAAGGCCGAGGCAAAGAUUAAGAAGAAAUAUUUAUCGUACAACAUCAAUGGGACGAAAUUGUACCAGGAAUCUAUGGAGCCGGAAUAUGAGGUUCACGGGACUAAAGGAAACGUUACAGGGCCCAAAGAAGAAAAAGUUCUAUUCAAAACUACGUUUACAAACACUACACAAAGGGAGCAAGAGUAUUCGUUCAAAACAGGAACGAUGCACAAGGAGCUCUUCUACAGUGAUUAUUGA